AUGGCGUCCCCAACCCUCACCCGAAACGAAACCCUCUCUCUCUCCGCCCUUUCCCUCGCGGCCGUCGCGGUCCUCCUCAACACCUUCUCCGGCGAUGGCGAGCCCCUCAUCGCCUCCCUCGCCCUCUCCGUCCUCGCCUUCGCCCUGGCCUACUCCAUGGUCCGCUGGCUCGGCCCCGUCUUCGUCCGCGCCGGCUUCAAGGGCCGCGACCUCUCCAAGCACCACCGCCCCGAGCUGCCCGAGUGCAUGGGCGCCGUCUGCGCCGCCGUCUACCUGCUCGUCGUCAUCGUCUUCAUCCCCUUCCCCUUCUACAAGGACAUCGUCGCCGCUACCAGCGGAGGAGGCAACAGGGACGUCGUCUUCCACGUCGAGCAUGUCCAGCAGGGUCGCUUCCUGCACCGCUUCCCUCACAGCAAGCUCGCUUCCUGGCUCUCCGCCAUCAUCGCCCUCCAGACGACCGCCCUCCUCGGCAUCGGCGACGACCUCUUCGACAUCCGAUGGCGUCACAAGUGGUGGAUCCCCGGCCUGGCCUCCAUCCCGAUCCUCGUAAUCUACUUUGUCGACUUCGGCGUCACCUCAAUCGUCAUGCCCAUCCCCCUCCAGCCCUACCUGGGCGAGCUCUUCGACCUCGGCAUCCUCUACUACAUCUACAUGGCCUGCGUCGCCAUGUUCUGCCCCCAGUCCAUCAACAUGCUCGCGGGCAUCAACGGCAUCGAGGUCUCCCAGUGCAUCGUCGUCUCCCUCCUCCUCGUCCUCAACGACUGCCUCUACCUCUUCACCCCCUACCCCCACCCGGCCACCGACUCCCACCUCUUCUCCCUCUACCUCCUCCUCCCCUGGCUCGGCGUCUCCCUCGCCCUCGUCGCCCACAACUGGUACCCCGCAAAGGUCUUCGUCGGCGACACCUACUGCUACUUCUCCGGCAUGGUCUUCGCCACCGUCGGCAUCCUCGGCCACUUCUCAAAGACCCUCGGCCUCCUCCUCGUCCCCCAGCUCUUCAACUUCCUCUACUCCACCCCGCAGAUCUUCGGCCUCGUCCCCUGCCCCCGCCACCGCCUCCCCAAGUUCAACGCCCGCUCCGGCCUCCUCGAACCCAGCGUCACCCCCUGGAGCCCCGAGCGCCAGCCGCACCCCCUCGUCGCCCAGGCCCUCCACCUCCUCGGCAAGCUGCGCCUGCUCAAGGUCACCACCGACGACAAGGGCCGCUUCGUCGAGACCAGCAACUUCACCCUCCUCAACCUCUGGCUCGUCUGGCGCGGCCCCCUGAGGGAGGACCGCCUCGCGUGGGAGGUCACUUUCCUCCAGGCCGGCGUCGGCCUGUUCGGCCUGUUUGUGCGGCACCGCCUUGCCCUGCUCAUCUUUAAGGAGGACAACUGGGGCAUGACGACCAAGCGAUACUGA